AUGGAGGACCCGUGGCAAAAGGCGUACGAUUUUGCCGUCGUAGUGGCCAGAAAAGCUGGGAUGGAAAUUAAAAAAGCCAGUGAGAGCGAAAUAAAGGUGAGGACAAAAAGCUCCACUGCGGACCUCGUCACAAAAACAGACGAAAAGGUGGAGAAGAUUAUUAUCACCUACAUCAAAGAGGAGUUUGGAGCUGACACUCACAGCUUCAUUGGCGAGGAGUCAGUGGCAAACGGCAAACCGUGCAUUUUGACUGACAAACCCACGUGGAUAAUCGAUCCUGUGGACGGAACCAACAACUUUGUCCAUGGGUUUCCCUUUGUGGCAGUGUCUAUUGCGUUCGCAGUUAAAAAAGAGUUGGAAUUCGGGGUGGUGUACAGCUGCUUGGAGGACAAGAUGUACAAAGCCAGGAAAGGAAAAGGAGCUUUCUGCAACGACAAGCAAAUCUAUGUGUCGGAUGUGCGAGAUAUCCAUAAGUCCAUCAUCAUGUCAGAGCACGGGACGGACAGGAGCCUGGAAAAGGUGACCAAGAUUAUCUCCACCAUUCAAAGGAUCUGUUGCAUUCCUGUUGAUGGGCUACGCAACCUUGGCUCUGCCGCCAUCAACAUGUGCCUGGUGGCGAGCGGGAGGGUGGAGGCCUUCUUUGAGAUCGGAAUCCACUGCUGGGACAUUGCAGCGGGGGCAGUGAUUGUGAGAGAAGCUGGCGGAAUUCUCUUGGAUGUAAAUGGAGGCCCAUUCAAUUUGAUGUCCAGAAGGUUGAUGUCUGCAAAUAAUGACGUUAUUGCUCAACGGAUCAUUGAGGAAAUUGAAAUAUUCCCUGUGGAGAGGGAUGACGUGGAGAAGUGA